AUGACCAAAUCUGCCAACCAGAUCCACCGUGCCUGGUGGAAGGAAUCGUCCGUUUAUCAGAUCUGGCCGGCCUCGUUCAAGGACUCCAACGAUGACGGCAUCGGUGAUAUUCCCGGUAUCAUCUCGAAGUUGGACCAUAUUAAGGACCUGGGAAUUGAUAUUGUCUGGCUUUGUCCGUCCUACAAGUCGCCUCAGGUGGACAUGGGGUAUGAUAUCGCCGACUACUACAACAUUGCGGAUGAGUAUGGCACGGUCGCAGACGUCGACAAGCUAAUCAAAGGAUGCCAUGACCGGGGCAUGAAGCUCCUCAUGGACCUGGUGGUGAACCAUACGAGUGACCAGAUCGAGUGGUUCAAGCAGUCGCGCAGCUCCAAGGACAACGAAUACCGCAACUGGUAUGUCUGGAAGCCGGCCAAGUAUGAUGAGCAGGGCAAUCGCCACCCGCCGAACAACUGGGUUUCGCACUUCCAGGGGAGUGCCUGGGAAUGGGACGAGUUGACCGGCGAAUACUACCUCCACCUCUACGCAACAGAACAGCCCGAUCUCAACUGGGAGCACCCGCCCGUCCGCAAGGCAGUGGAAGAAAUUAUGCGAUUUUGGCUGGACAAGGGUGCAGAUGGAUUCCGUAUGGAUGUGAUCAACUUCAUCAGCAAGUACCAGGACUUCCCAGAUGCCCCCAUCAAGGAUCCUCGCACCCCUUGGCAAUGGGGAGACAAGUGGUACGCCAACGGGCCUCGUCUCCACGAGUACCUGCAGUUUGUGGGAAGUAUCCUCAAGGAAUACGACACCUUCAGCGUGGGCGAGAUGCCGUUCGUCACGGACACGAAUGAGGUGCUCCGCGCCGUGCAGUAUGACCGCAACGAGAUCAACAUGAUUUUCAACUUCGAGCAUGUGGACAUCGACCACGGCAAAUACGACAAAUUCGAGCCCGGCAGCUGGAAGCUCACAGACCUGAAGGCUUUCUUCGAGAGGUGGCAGAAAUUUAUGUAUGAGAAUGAUGGGUGGAACGCCCUGUACUGGGAGAACCACGACCAGCCCCGGUCGAUUGACCGCUAUGUGAACGCCAAAGAGGAGUACCGCAGCGCGGCAGGCAAGAUGUUGGCGACCGUCUUGGCCUUGAAGUCUGGGUCUCCUUUCGUCUAUCAGGGACAGGAAAUUGGCAUGCGAAACGUGCCGGUCGAGUGGGACAUGGACGAGUACAAGGACAUCGACUGUCUCAACCACUGGUAUAGACUUCUCAAAAACCCCAAGGCCGACGACAAGACCAAGCAGAUCGCCCGACAAGAGUACCAGAAGAAGUCCCGGGAUAACGGCCGCACACCCGUCCAGUGGUCUCCCGCUCCCAACGGUGGCUUCACCGGCCCGAACGUCAAGCCGUGGAUGUCCGUCAACCCCGACUACCAGCUGGUCAACGCCGAGGACCAAGCCCAGGACCCCGGCUCCCUCUACCACUACUGGGCCUCGGUGCUCAAACUGCGCAAACAGUACCUGGACAUCUUCGUGUACGGAAACUACGAGCUCGUCGACCGGGAUAGCCAGGAGAUCUUCGCGUACACUCGCCAGUACGAGGCCCAGAAGGCGCUGGUGUUGGCGAACUGGACUGACAAGGAACUCGAUUGGGACGCUGCCGGUAAUGGCAUCACGGGGGCUAAGGACGUGCUGCUAAAUAGCUAUGAGAGCGCCGAGGGAGCCAAGAAGCGGGUUUCCACUGCCAAGUGGUCUCUUCGGCCGUAUGAAGCGAUCGUGGUGCUUGUGUAGGCCUAAUUGUGAUCACCAGGGUUCAGUUGCUUGCGGGCGGGCAAUAAACAAACAAAUCCCG